UACUGUCUGUCUCUCUGUUAGCGUCUAACCCUCCAGGAAGAGAAACCAAGAGCGUCCAGGAAGAGCAUUAAGACAAAAAAAAAAAAAAGCAGCAGAUGGCCUGAGCGUGAAAGCUGCUAAAAGCACACUGGCUCGGACCUCGCAACUCCUAUUGCAGAUGGAUCGAUAAGGUGCAGCCGAGUUGGGCCGCCAGGCCCGAGGAAGCAAAAGCCAGCACGAUUAUGAAACGGGUCCGGCCAGCUGCGUCCUCGCCCGAGUUCCCCACCGCCAGCCCGCACCUCUGCUCCACUGGCUCCCACACGCAAACCAAACCCCGACCCUGCCGUUUCUUUUGUCUUGCUCGACCAGGGCCACUGCUUCCCGGGGGUCAAGGGUCAGGAGCCCGGGGACUCCCCGCGGCCAGCCAGGUGCCCCCGACCCCAGGCGAUGGGGCGGUCGUCCCGGGGACCCCGCGCUCGCCGCCGCUGGCCUUGCCCGCGCCCCGCCGCGGCCCCCGGCCUCGCCUCCACCCGCCCCGUCCCGCCCCGGUGGCCGCGGUGCCCACUCCCCGCCGGCGCGGAGCUAGGCCGCCGCCUUCCCAGCCCGCCGACCGCGGCCCUCCCGCGGCCUCACCGCCUCCACGGCGUGCUGCAGGAUGGAGGUGAACUUGGAGAACAUCCUGUCCCGGGACUGCAGCAGCCUCUCCCGGGACGACCUGGAGAGCUCCUCGAUCCGCCGCCGCCGCCCCUGCUGCGGCUGCCGGGGCCGCUCCAGAGUGAAGGCCGGCGCGGGCGAGCGAGCAGCACGAGCGGGGCGCCGAGGCGGGUCCGGCCCGGCCGCUGCAGGGUCGGGCCGCGGGUGGCCGUGGACGCUGGGCCGGGGGCUGCGGUCAGAGCGGACUCGGGCCCCUGAGGCUCCCGCGGAGGCGGCAGCGGCGGCGGCGGCGGCGGCAGCGGCGGCUCGGACACCGUGGCAGCAGCAGGAGGCUCGGGUUCCUUCCGCCCGCGCUGCGCACCGCGGCCUGCAGGGGGCGCUGCUGCGGCCGGGGACGCCGGGCCAGGCCUAGGACUCCGGGGUGGAGCCGCUGCUUGGGGUGCCAGGGGCCCCGGCGGCCUUCAGCCAUUGUCACGGUUUGGUUUUUCCAGGGGAAGUAAUGUGACGAGUUCGUAGGGAAACGCGGUCUUUUGUAAAUGCAUACAACAGUGGGAGGUUUGUCUUCUAAGGACUUGGAAGGCUGGUAAGAAAAAAACCCCAAAACUGAAUUCCUAAAACAAACAUGGACAUUGGGUUUAAAUGUGGAGUUUGAACAAAUCAAGCACUGCAGACCACAUGGCUUUGCUGGCUGUAGGACAGAUUAUUAUUGAUAUUCACCAUUGAAACAGAAAGUCCCAGAUAGACUAGUGGUGGGAUGGUUCAGUUAAGUGAUUCAGUAUUAUAAUUUAUUACAUGUUUGGUAGGUGUGGCAAUUCGGUGUAACAUUUUCAAUUUAAUUAUCGGAUGACAUGGGAAAAACAUGAGUGAGGGCCAGAGUCAGAAAGGAUUCUACAAAAUGCGUAGAUUUAUCAUCAGUCAGUGUACGAGGCGCGCUUACAUGAAAGCUUUGUAAAAUACCAUACAACUGUUAGUCAAACAUCAAAGAAAUUAAUUCAGGCUAGGCAAUUUUAAGUCGAGUUAAUAGACUUGACAAAAACUUGGAGACCUUUGUUUUAUGCUAAUCACUGUUUUACAAAAAAAACCAGCAAGUUCUUGAUAAGGUGAUUUAAAUAAUGAAAAUAUGUGUUUGUAAUUGCAUUAAUUGAACAGAGUAAAGCUAGAAAAAGUCUCAGCCGUGUAGAGUGGGGUUAAGAGAGCAGGCUCAGAAGCUGGUAGUCUGUUCACAUUCUAGUUCUGCUAUUUGCCCACAAUCAUUGAACCUCUUUGGGCUUUAAAGUCUUCAUCUGUACAAAGAGGAAAACGACAAUUCCUGAAGUGGUUGUGAGAAUUAAUUAAUAAAUGUAAAUCAUUUUAAUAGUGUCUACGUCAUAGUAGGGGGUAUAUAAGCAUUUAUUAUCCUUGUUAGUAUUUAAUAAAAUAAUAGGGUCAGAAAUCUAGAUUUAAGGAAGAUACCAACUAGUCCUUCCCCCUAUUUUUGUUUUGCAUAUUCCUGCUUGUACCGAAUGCCAGAUAAAAUCAACCUUCAUUUUGUUGUAGUCUAGCCUCCAGGAUGCAGGAAGCAUCCUCUAUCAUUUGCUAAACAUUGAAAUGUGCACCUUACCAAAUUCUGGCUCCUUCUUCCUGCUUCUACCAAGAAUAUGUACUGUUCAUAGUUAUUAUUCACAUAGUUUAAAAUGGUUAGUCAUAUUAUUAACCAUAAUUAUUUUCCUGGUCUAAUUGUCAUGUAUUCAUAUGGUAUUUUUUUAUAAUGCCUUGUAACCACUAAUUCUAUAAGGAGGUCUGUUUAAAAUAGUCACUGGGGACAUGAUCUGGAAGGACAUAUCAUCCUCCCCAGCUCCUUUUGCUUUUUGCUUCCUGUCCACCAUGAGGUGAGCAGGUUUCCUCUGCCCAAGCCAUUCCACCAUGCUGCCGUCCACACAAAGGCUAAAACUUCUGAAACACAGACCAAAAUAAGCUCUUCUUCCUUUAGACUGUGGGUGUUGAGUGUUUGUUUCAACAGUGAGGAAAGUGAUUAAGGUAUGAGCGGGAAACAAAUUAAGAUCACAGUGAGGUACCAUUUUAUAAUUUCUUAAUUGAAAAACUUAAGAACCUGACAAUAUCGAAUACUGAAGGGAAUGGGAAUCCAUGGAAUUGUUCAUACAAUGCAAAUAAAGUAUAAGUGAGUAUAAAAAUAAAUAAUUAAAAAAGAGGCUUGAGUUGUUUGCAUUUGAUGCCUAUCAUUGUAUACUUAUUUUAAACAUAAUAAAAUCUAUGUUUUGCUCUAGGUUAAUAUCAAUACGAAGGAUUCACUACCUCAUAUCUAAUUUCCAGAAGAUAUACAGUUGGGGUAGUAUUGUAACUGAGAAGAUAUUCCUGUUUCUUAUUCUCAAUCUAGAAUGCCUGGCCCUACACAUCACUGUCAGCCUGAUAUGUGGAUACGGUCCAGCCUAUAUCAGCAAAUUGUGAUUUGAGGAAACGCAAGAGGGGCUUCCACAGACCUCCAAAGCACAUACCAGAUAUCUGUCUCUCCGUGUCUGUCUGUUCCCUACUGCAUUCCAGGAGUUCUUUGUCUUUUGCCAUGCUGCCCUGUCUCAGAGUCUGCAAACUAUGGACUGAAACCUCUAUAAACUGUGAGCCAAAAUAAACCUUUCUUUCUUUAA